AUGGAUCAAAUGUUUGGUCGAAAAAAGGCUUCCAAGACGAAGACGUCGACUUCAGAAUCCCGACUCUAUUUGCCUCAAGGUGCUACGAAAGCGUCACUUUUGAAGCCACUAAAGAAAAUGGCAGCUCCGAAUUUGAGUAGAAGUAAUUCAGAUACCAAGUUGGGUCAUCAGAAAGCAUCGUUAUUGACUCCGUCGACUGAUAAGGCAAAGAGUAGUGGUAGGUUUGGGUCGUGGAAAGAAAGUUUUUGCCAUUUUAUGUUUCGUAAAGGAAGUUAUUGCAAUUUUUCGAUUUGUAAAGAAAGUUCGUUCCAUUUUAUGUUUUGUAAAGGAAUUUUUUUCUAUUUUUUGUUUUGUAAGGAAAUUUCUUGCUAUUUUGUCAUAAAAAGCCAGUUUUGUAUCUUGCAGCCUGCGGGUGACAAUUUAUACGAUAAAUUCCAUUUUACGUUUUGUAAAGAAAGUUCUUGCCGACCUAAAAAACUCUUUUCAGUUGAAUCCAAGACUGAAGCCGAUAAUGGUCGUUUAUAUUCGACACAAAGCUCUCCGGCUCUGUUGGACUUGGAUUUGAAUGAGAAAUCGGUUAGAGAAACGGUAGGUAGGGUGUAGUAGGGUAGGUUAGAAAAGGGUAUGGUAAGGUAGGAAAGGGUUAGGAUGAGAUAGGGUAGGGUUGAUCAGAGUAGGGUAGGGCAGAGUGGGUUAGGAUAAAGUAGGGUGGAGUAGCGCAGGAUAUGGUAAAGAAGACUAGAGUAAUUUAGGGGGUGGAUAAUGAAAUUCAAAGUAUUUUUUGUUAUUUAGGCUUCCAAACCUAUGCCAUUUGUGCCAAUUCCAUUGCUUCGAAAGUCCGAACAUAAGCCGAACGCUUCGUCCUAUUGGCGACCACAGAAACCUAACAAUCCACCCCCGGAUUUGGAUUCGAUUCAACGGAAAAGCUCGGAAAAUGUUCAUCAAAAUUUUUGCAAAAAAAGUAACAUUUUUAUUUAUUUUUUAUUUUUUUUAAAUUUUUGUUUUUUUGAAAUUUUGAACUUUUUAAUUAUUUUUUAAUUUUUAUAGGACCAAAUUCCUCAAAAGAAGACGUGAACAUUGAAAUUGAUGACUUGGAGUUGGAAAACUGGCCAGAAAAGAAUAUUUGGACUGAUUCGAAUGGCUUUUCCAAUUUCAGUGAUAUGGAUGGCAUUCCGGGUAUGCUUUGCGGGGUUAGUUUGAUACCUAAAAGCUUUGGUUUAGUUUUAAAAUUUACGUGAGAUUAUUAGGCUUAAAUUUAGCUUUAGGACUAUGUUAAUGUUUAUUAGGCUUAGGAAUUGAAUUUUAGACCAUAUUAGGCUCAAAAUUGAGUUUUAGGGCAUUUAGGCUUAAAACUUAAAUUUUACGGAAUGUUAGGCUUAAUUACACUCCAAGCCAUAUUACACCUAAACAUCAAUUAUCAGAUCUUUUAAACUCAUAAAAUGCCAUUUUCAGAUAUCAUGGACAUUGACUACGGUGAAGAACCUCCACCGCCAGGAACUGAACCAAACAACGCCCCCACUACAUUUUGGACACGCCAAUUAGACCCAGUAAAGAGGUUUAUGAAAAGCACUUUGGAUAGUUUGCAGAAAGUCCCAAGGCUUAUCAACCGGUCGAAUGACAGCUCUUCGGAAGAAGAAAGCCAUGAGAAUACAGUAACCAGCAGUCUCAACGAGGAACUUCAGCUACGGCAUAUAUGUAGGUUAUACUGUAUUGUACUGUCCUUUACCUCUUACGCCUCACCCUCUACCCCCUACUCUCUACCCUCUAUCCUUUACUGUAGCUUUACUAAAGCCUACAGUAACCCAUUCUUAGUCUAACUCAUUUUUAAAACUUAAGUUUCAGUGACCCUCGCCUACCUGGACCACUUUACCCUACCCGGAGAGGAGUUGACAGAAGAGGAGUUGAACAAGUUUAUGGCAAUGUUGGUUCCAGAGGAAGAUUCGGAGCGAUUACUGUCGGAACAUAUCACUUUUUACGCCGAAAACUACGCAAAUGACAAUCAACUACUGGUCGAAGUCAUUUACCGUGCCUUAUGUAACUCGGAAGAUGUGGGUUUUUUAAUUUGCUAUUGAUUUUUAGGGGGGAUAGGUGAGGUACGGUAGGUUUGAGUAAUAGUAUAGUAGGUCGAGGUAGGACACGGUAAAGUAAGGCAAAGCUAAAGAGAUCGUAGUAGGUUAUGGUAGGGUAGGGUACGGAAGAAAAGGCCUAUUAGGAUAGGUUAGACUGUUAUAGGCUAGGGCAGGCUAGGUUUGAGUAUUGGUAGAGUAGGUCAAGGUAUAGUAAGGUAAAGUAAGGAAGAUCAAAAGGUGUCAUAGUACCGUAAGGCAGGGUAUGGUGCGGUAAAAUAGGAUCAAUUAGGGUAGAGCAAGAUAGAGUAGGGCAGGGUGGAGUAAGUUCGGAUUAUGUUAGGAUAGGUCAAGGGGCAAGGUAAAAUAAGGUAUAGCAAAAGGAGUUAGAGUACUGUAAGGCACGUGGUAAAAUGGCGUCAAUUAGAGUAGGUUAGGGCAGGAUACGGUAGAGUAGGAUAGUGUAGGGUAAGGUAGGGUAGGGUAAGGUAGGGUAGGGUAGGGUAAGGUAGGGUAAGGUAUAGUAGGGUAGGGUAGAGUAGAGUAGGGUGGGGUAGAUGAAAAGAAGUUAAAAGUUUUAAAAUUUUGAUUUUUAGGAAGAAGUUCGAUCUCAAUCUCUCGGUCAUUUACCCACUUUGAUGAGGUUUUUCGAACGAACUGGAUAUAAGCAUCACUUGUUGGAGCUGCUUUGUGCUUAUAUCAAUUCGAUUCGGAGGUUUGAUGGUGGAGUUGAGCCUCAAAUCGAACAAAAAGAACAGAAUUUGUGGGUAAGAUAGUUGGAAAAUAUCAAGAACUUUCUUUACAGUACAAAAAACGGCAAGAACUUUCUUUACAAAACAUAAAAUAACAUUUGUCGUAUAACUUGUCAUCCGCAGGCUGCAACAUACAAAAGUUGGCUUUUUUUGAAGAAAUGGUAAUAACUUUCUUUACAGAAUUAAAAAUGGCAACGAGUUUCUUUACUAAACAUAAAAUGGCAAGAAAUUUCUUUACAAAACCCGAUUUCAGGAAGAACUCAACGUGCCAGGCACCUACAGCUCCAACGUUCUGUACUUGCCACUACGGAAACACUCCAAGUCCUCGAAACCGACGAUCAAUCAGAUCAUGGAAGUUUGCUAUUUGGUACUGAGUGCCAAUUUCAUUGACGAUGAACGACGCAACAAAAUUGCAACAACUUUUACCAACUUUCUGGAUGUCAUUGACAAGUGCACGUGGAAGCUGAGAGACGAGGUCUUUGAGUGGGUUUUUGAAGCUUUUGAGAUUUUAAAGCCAUGUAACUGUUUUAAAAAUGAAAAUUUUGAUUUGAAAUUUUGGAGGAAUAUUGAAUAGUCUACUGAUUUUUUAAAUUUGAAGUUUUAAAAAAGUUACAAUGUGUCAACCGUACCAUAUAUUUUGUGAAAUUUUUUGGGAUUAUGUCAGAUUUUAAUUACUUGUAACUUUUUUCAAAAUGAAAAUAGCAAUACUAAAAUUUGUGAAGUGGUAGAAAAAUCUUUCAUAUAUCAAUGUUAUUUCACAGAUUUUUUUAAUUUUAAGUUCUAAAAAAGUUACAGUAUGCCAACCAUACCACAUAUUUUGUGAAAUUUUUGGGGAUUUUGUCUAAUUUUAAAUACUCGUAACUUUUUUUGAAAAUGAAUAUUUUGAUUUGAACUUUUGAAGGCUCGUAGAAUAGUCGUUUGUGUUCCUACUUUAAUUAGCAUCUUUUUUAAAUUAGAAGUUUAAAAAAAGUUACAGUAUUUUAACCAGGUUCUAUAUUUUGUGACAUUUUUGGAGAUUUUGUCAGAUUUUAAAUACUUGGUAUCUUUUUUCGAAAUAAAAAUUUUGAUUUGAAGUUUUGAAGGAUUAUAGAAUAGUCUUUUGUGUACUCAUUUUACUUUGCAGCGUUUUUAAUUUAGAAGUUUCAAAAAAGUUACAACAGGUCAAUCAUAUCCUGUUUUUUCGAAACAAAAAAAUUUUUUUUAGUUUUUUAAUACUCGUUACUUUUUUUCAAAAUGAAAUUAGUAAAAAUAAAUUUUAAUCUUGGCAUUUUUUUUAGAUUUUUGGCCGAUUGUCUGAAGUUUUAUCAUCCGGACGAGUAUAUUCAAGGACAUCCGAUAUUUGAAGUCUUCUCACAUGCUGCCUUGAGUAAGUUUUCUUUUUCCUUUUGUCUCUACAUUUGCCCCUACUCCUACUCUACCUGUUACACCAACCGCUCUAUUCCCUCUCUACUACUUCGAAUUUAACUUCUACUCUAACUUUAUCUCUACUCGUACUAUUGGCUCUACUUCUACCCUUACCUAUUCAGGAAGAACUCAACGUGCUUCUAACAACAUUUUAUCUUUGUUUCAGAAAACCGUGCCGACAACCGCGAAUUGGCCAUAAAAGGCUUGGCAAGGAUUUUUGAAUUGAUUUUUAAUAAUUAUUCGGAUGAAAUUGCAAAAAGUCAUAGUUGUGUCACCUUGGUCAUAUUGAGGACAUUGGUAUACACAACAUUGCUCGAAAAUGAACGGAAUUAUCGGCAUAGACAGAGGUAAGGGAUUUUUUAAUGUUUGUUUUAGCCUAUUGUCUUUUUCUAGGUGUAGCUCUACUUUAGCUUUAGCAACGUCCUAGGCUUAGCUUUAGCUUAGGCUGUUCUUAUCUUUGUCUUAGCGCUACCGUUGUUUUAGACCUACCUUUGUCUUAGUUCUACUGUAGUUUAAACCCUGGGAUUGCUCUAGCCUUACUAGGACACGGCGUAGAGCACGGUAGGGCUUAAGGUACGGUAGAGCUUAGGAUACGUGACGGUCUACAUUUGGGCCGUAAGGUCUAUGGUCCAGUAGAACUUAAGGUAUGGCAAUGCCUACGGUAUAUUAGGCUGGAUACAGUAAUUUCAAGGGUAUAGUAGGGCUUAGGCGGCUACGGUAACGUCACUGUUAUAGCCUUUUUUCCACCAUAUUACUCUAUUUCCUAACGUAGCUGUACCUUUACUCUACGAUACUUUACAUACUCUACUCUUCAACACGUUCAUACUUCAGCCCUUCUCUACUUUAAUUUAAACUUUAGAUACUAUCGAUUUGUGGUUGAAGUUUUUGAGCUGAUCGGAGAAACAACACCAGUAGCACUACUUUUACAAGUUUUUGGAAUGGAUGUGGAAGCCAUUUUUGAGGGACAGUAA